AUGCACUAUGUUGCUACUCUAAGGGAACAAUUAGAACAACUCUCGGAAGAGAAAACCCCUGAAGGCCUUCCCAGAGUUACAAAGGCUAAGGUGAAUGAGUACUAUGAGAAGAUUGAAGCUGUUGCUUCAAGAAUAUCUACUCAAGUACCUGACACAGAGGUAUCUGAUGAACCUUUUGCAAAGGAUUCUACUAGCGGAAGCUCUCCAAAGAUGGAAGACGCUACUCAAAGCCCCACUUCUCCACAGCUGAGAAGAAGAUUCGUGUCUACAAGCUCCAAGGAGCAAAGCCAUGAUGCUGUUGAUGCUGAUCCAUCAAAAACAAUAAAACUAGACAAUGCUGCUCAAGCACACAUUGAAAAGCACAGGAAGCUUCAAGAUGACCUCACCGAUGAAAUGGUGACACUUGCGAGACAACUCAAGGAGAGUAGUCUAAUGAUAAGCCAAUCUGUCCAAAACACAGAGAAGAUACUAGACUCAACCGAGGUGGCCAUUGAGCAGAGCUUAGCGAGCACGGGACACGCAAAUGUCAGGGCCUCGCAGAUAUAUUCAAAAAGUUCAAAGACGAGUUGUUUCCAGUGGCUCUUGAUCUUGGCCAUGACCUGUGUGUUCAUAAUGGUUGUCCUGUCAGCUUCUAGUUUGGCUUCCGUGUGUGGUCGCGUGGCUCGAGCCCAGGCCGUCUCCGUCGUCGUCAAUCGCUCGGCUCUUGUUCCCAGGCCAUCAUCUUCUCUGCUUCGUCCUUUCGUAACUCGUGGCCUUCUUUAUUCGACUGCUACGGAGAGGUUAAAGUCCGAUCAGACGCUUCUCCAAGUGAUUGACUCCGAGAUCAACGAUGCUUUCGAAGCCGAUGAUAACGAUGAGGGUGAAGAAGAGACAGUAGCUUCUGGUGAGUUUCCUUUCAGAAUCGAAGACAAUCCUGGACACAGGUCUGUGACGCUGACCAGAGAGUACAACGGAGAGCAGAUUAGAGUAGAAGUAAGCAUGCCUGGUCUUUCCAUGGACGAGGACGAGGAUGAUGUGGAUGACAAAGAAGAUGGUGAUGGUCGUAAUGAGAAGCUGAAUGAAACAAGCAUUCCUCUAGUUGUCACUGUGACCAAGAAGAGUGGACUGAGCCUAGAGUUUAGCUGCACUGCUUUCCCCGAUGAGAUCGUCAUUGAUGGUUUGUCUGUGAACAAUCCUGAGAACUCUUCUUCCUCUUCUUCGGAAGAACAACAAUUGGCAUACGAUGGGCCUGAUUUUCAAGAAUUGGAUGAGAAUAUGCGCAAGUCGUUCCACAAGUUUCUGGAGACGAGAGGGAUAAAACCAAGCGCGACGGAUUUCAUGUAUGAGUACAUGAUGAAGAAAGAUAGCAGAGAGUACCUAUUGUGGUUGAAGAAUCUCAAAAACUUCAUCCAAGAAUGA